GCAAUCACUGCCCGCAAUCAUAAUGCUGUUGUUGUUUGGAUUUGUGGUGGCGGUGGUGGCCGGUGCCAUCAUCCCAAGCAGUGCAUCAGUUCCCUCCGUACCCCUCUACAACGCAGCUCGCCAUGGUGUCAUGAUGCCCGUGACAGGCUUGGGCACCGGCAGUUACGGCUCCUACUACCACAAUGAAACUGAAGUGGAAGAUGCCGUGUACCACUGGCUGAAGGCCGGCGGCCGUCGCAUCGAUGCAUCCCUGUCUUACAAUGACCAAGUGCCAGUUGGACGAGGCAUCAAGCGAAGCGGCAUUCCCCGCGAAGAGAUCUUCAUCACGUCCAAAGUUGGGCCCACCUUGCCGCUGGGCUACAAGGACACCAUGAGCCAGUUUGAGCAAAUCCUGCAGACUCUGGACACCACAUACGUGGAUCUGCUGUUGAUCCACUGGCCUGGACCAAGCGAAAACAGCACCGACCCAGCCUGUGCCGGCGUAACCCCAAAGCUGUGCCGACAGUCCACAUGGAAAGCGCUGGAGGCCAUCUACACGAGCGGCGGCGCACGUGCCAUCGGCGUCUCGAAUUUCGAAGUGCGGCAUCUUGAUGACAUCACCAGCAUGCACGGCCUCCUCCCAGCCGUCAACCAGGUUGAGUAUCAUCCCUUCUGGCACGAGGAGAAGCUGGUGGAGCACUGCCACCGCCUCAAUAUCACCUUCAACGGUUACAGCCCCCUCGGCACGCCAGAUGUCUCCCCGUCAAGAUGUGGGUGGAACCUUCUUGCCGAUGAAACCCUCAACACCAUUGCCAAGAAACACGACGUCGAUGUCUCACAGGUGAUUUUGCGCUGGGAACACCAGAAGGGGAUCCUCGUCAACCCGCGCACGAAGAACACAACGCACAUGCAUUACAACCUCAACUUUUUCCACUUUUCGCUGAGCGACUCUGAGAUGGAUGCCAUUGCUGCUCUCAAGGCGCCAACAAACCGCCCAAAGAUCACACCAGACCCAGCCAAAAUCCCGUGAGCGUCCACGCUCGCCUUGUGAGCGUGCGUGCGUACAUGUGUGCGUGUGUGUUGUUGUUGUUGUUGGUUACCACCUCAAGCCUGCCUGCUGCGAUGUGAUGUGACAUGACAACGUGUCAUGUCUCCUCACGACAGUGGUUGUGUUCAACCCGUUUAUUGAAGGAACACAGUCUCGACUAAACACCCUCCACAAUCUCAACUCAGCACCCUUCACGGUCAUCAACUAAACAAUCUAGCCCAA